UGAGCAGGAAAAGCUGAACAACGUCACUCUUGUUCUACUCUUCAAGAGUUAGACUAUUCAAGCUGCAAAACAACAGCUCUGAAUGUGCAGCAGACAUACCGCUUCUCCUUACUCUCUGAAAAUACCAGGAACUGGGAAAAAACGGCAUCAGAUUUCAGAUCCUUUAGGGCAUUCAGACUUGAGUAAACAAGCACUACUGACCAGCAAUAAAGUCGGUACUGGAUUUAAUGUACAAGGAGCGUGAACAGGAGAAGACAUGCAACUAAAAAAUGAUGACCACCAAGACAUUUGUGUAAAUAACCUACUACAGAAUCAGACAAAUCUGCACUGAAAGGAACAAUUUGUGACUGUAGUGAAGCCUUCAGCGAAUCAGCCUUUAGCUACAGCUGUGUCUGCAGAUAAUGACUCACAGAUGAGUUAUCUAUUAAACUGUUGCCAACUGCCUGCCAUUGUAUUGCCAUGAAGAGUGUUGCUGGACUGAAGCAGGGUAUUACUAAUAAGCCCAGGAAAGUCAUUCCAUCCAUUCAUCCAUCCAUCCAUCCAUCCAUGUCCAUGAGUCAGUGCUGAUCCCUGUAGUGACUUCUUGAACAGCCAUCACCAACCACAUAGUUUACUAGCAAGGGGACAAGGGAAUAUGAAUGUGAUAGAUUCUAAUUCUACAGCAAAUGUUCAGUCUGUACCGGGGAGCUCAAGGUCUCCAACCUAUCACAAUGUCACACCUGUUACAGCCACCAAUAUUUCACCAAAGUCAAACUUACAGAAGUUCAUAGCAGGAGAUCCAAAGGCUUUGGGGACCACCCAGAUUAUGAUUGGAAUCGUGACCAUCACUAUGGGAAUUGCUUUAAGUAUGCUAGAAUUUUCCUUUGUAAUAGACAUUGGCCUGCCAUUCUGGAGUUCUGCACUGUUCAUCACAUCAGGUGCACUGACUGUUGCUGCAGGCAAUUACCGACAUUUCUGCAUUGUUAAUACCAGCAUGGCCUUCAAUAUCGUCAGUUCAGUUAUAGCCGUGAUCAGCAUCAUUCUUUACUCAAUUAAUUUUGCUCUGCAUGGCCACUUCUCCAGAUACUCAUCAAUAUUGAAUUCUCAAGUUUUCUUGGCUGUGUUUCUGCUCAUCUUUGCUCUGUUGGAAUUUUCCAUCUGUAUUGCGGUUUCCAUUUACUCAUGCAAGGCAACAUGUUCUUGUACGGACAGCUAUGCUCAGAUGCCUGUGGUUGUUGUGCAGUACAAUGCCAAUCCAGAGACACACACAGUCCCACCUGUUCCAUAGUCCAACCAGAACAUAUUGGAUAUAUAAGCCCACCUCCUGAUGAAGUCUUUUAAAGCAGAGGGAAAUUUUACAUUUUAUGUCUUACUGUCUAUACAGAUAAUAUUGUAUAGCUUUACUAAAAAUAUUUUCUAUGUUUAUUUUUAUGUCACUUUAGGCAACAUAUGCAUGCCUGUCUUGAUAUUUUGAAUGCUAACAAAGGCAAAACAGAUCUGAGGAGAACAUUUAAACUAAAAUGGUAUCAACUAUAUUUGUAAAAUCUGGUAUCAGACACAUUAAAUGUUCCUGUUAAGCAUUCUGGAAUAUAUGUACUUAAGCAUACUCUUUCUGAAUUCUGGUUAAUAAAACUCUGCUGUGUCACUUUUA